AGCGCGCGGCGGCCGCCGACCCAGAGGGCGGGCGACGCGAGGUGCGGCGGCGGCUGCUGUGAGGGCGGCGUGAGCCGGUGUCGAUCGGGUUGUUGCCUCCGGCCGCUUCUGGCGCUGCUGCCCGGCCUGUCGCUUGCAGAGUCCACCCGCCGGAGCUCGCGGAGGCCCGGGGGAGCGCUGCGGAAGCUCCUUCUUGCCCAGACGGGGUUAUCGUCGUCCGUGCGGCCGUGAGGAGAGCGGGACGGAGGCCGAAGCUCCCUCUUUUCCGUCCCCUCACACUCCCGGCUUCCCCCUGCUGCCUCGGGGAGUUGCGACUGUCGGCGUGGUGUGCUUCUUUCCGCCUGCUUGCUUGCUUCCUUCCUUCCUGGGCUUUUCCAAAUUUGAUGUUGUUUUACACUGGAAGAAUCGAGAUAGCUGGUAGGAAAUAAUGAAAAAAGUGUGCCACAACUCUUGAUCAGAGACCUGAACUUUGAGAAGAAGUCAUUAGCUAAGCUCAUGUUUUCUCCUGAUCAAGAAAAUCAUCCAUCAAAAGCACCAGUCAAAUAUGGUGAAUUGAUUGUAUUAGGGUACAAUGGGUCUCUCCCAAAUGGAGAUAGAGGAAGAAGAAAAAGUAGAUUUGCCUUAUUUAAAAGGCCCAAGGCAAAUGGGGUGAAACCUAGUACUGUGCAUAUUGCCUGUACCCCUCAAGCAGCAAAGGCAAUAAGCAAUAAGGACCAACACAGCAUAUCCUACACUUUGUCUCGGGCCCAGACAGUAGUAGUUGAAUAUACACAUGACAGCAACACAGAUAUGUUCCAGAUUGGUCGAUCAACAGAGAGUCCCAUAGACUUUGUUGUGACAGAUACAGUUCCUGGGAGUCAGAGUAAUUCGGACACGCAGUCGGUGCAGAGCACUAUAUCAAGGUUUGCCUGCAGGAUCAUAUGUGAACGCAACCCUCCUUUUACAGCAAGGAUAUAUGCUGCAGGGUUUGACUCCUCCAAAAACAUCUUUCUUGGGGAGAAAGCUGCGAAGUGGAAGACAUCAGAUGGGCAAAUGGAUGGGCUGACCACAAAUGGAGUUCUCGUUAUGCAUCCUCGUAAUGGAUUUACAGAAGACUCCAAGCCAGGAGUGUGGAGAGAGAUAUCUGUGUGUGGGAACGUGUUCAGCCUCCGUGAAACCAGAUCAGCUCAGCAGAGGGGGAAAAUGGUUGAGAAUGAAACGAACCAGCUCCAGGAUGGCUCUCUGAUUGACCUGUGUGGAGCAACACUGCUGUGGCGCACGGCAGAAGGCCUUUCACGCACCCCUACUGUCAAGCACCUGGAGGCACUAAGACAGGAAAUAAAUGCAGCAAGACCCCAGUGUCCUGUGGGUUUUAACACCUUGGCCUUUCCCAGCAUGAAGAGAAAAGAUGUUGUAGAUGAGAAGCAGCCAUGGGUGUACCUGAACUGUGGCCACGUCCACGGCUAUCACAAUUGGGGGAACAAAGAGGAGAGAGACGGCAAGGAUCGCGAGUGUCCCAUGUGCCGCUCCGUUGGCCCCUACGUGCCUCUGUGGCUCGGAUGUGAAGCGGGAUUUUAUGUGGAUGCAGGACCUCCAACUCAUGCCUUCAGCCCCUGCGGACACGUGUGCUCAGAAAAGACAACUGCAUAUUGGUCCCAAAUUCCUCUUCCUCACGGUACUCACACUUUUCACGCAGCCUGUCCGUUCUGUGCGCAUCAGCUGGCUGGUGAGCAAGGUUACAUCAGACUCAUUUUCCAAGGACCUCUUGACUAACACACGUGCCACCGUGGACUGCAGUAAACUGAUGAGCUAGGAGGUUCUGAUUUUUAAACCCAACUGUGUUUUCUUAUUCUCUGGGCUUUGCUGGUUUGCAUUAAGAUGAAGAAUUUUUGGGUUUUUGUUAAAACACCUAAAUCCCUCUCUACUGAGAAAAGUCUGGAAAUGGAAGAAACAGGGGGAAGAAGGGGGAGAACUCCUGCUUUCUUUAGUUAAUAACUACUUCUGAAGAGGUGCAAGAAAUGUUGUAGAAUGAACUUCGAUGCCUUCCAUUGAGUGGUUUGGAAUCACACGCCCACAGUGCUUGAAAGUCCUUUCAUUCUUUUUGUAUAUGGAGGGUAAAUAGUUCCAAGACCAUUAGUUUACAGCUUGGAUGCAAACGUUGUAAAAUAUAACGUGUAUAUUAACUAUUUUCUAUUUAUCUUUGUUAUUGAAAACGCGUAGAACGUUUAGAGUAGCAUGGUCAUAGUGUGUUCAUCCAGCAAUUGGAUGUGUAGAGUAGUUCUGGAUGGAGGAGGACGUGAGAGGGGAAAUGGUAGACAAAUCUUUUUUAAUCUAAAAUACUGAGUUCUUAGGAUAGUUAAAACCUGCUUUUUAAAUGAAGCUAAUGCAAACGAUGAUGACAUAAAGGUGUGCUUUAACCGUGUCGAAAGGUAGCUAAGGAGGACUUCUUAAAAUGGCUUUUUGGUAGGACUGUACUUAAGAUCUGGUUAUGAGAAGAAUAUUUACCAGACUCUUUGAAUAUGCAACUUAGUCUAGAUUAAGGAUUUUUUUUUCUCCCCUCAUGCUAACACAUCUCUUUAUUUAGCAUUAGUGACAUUUGUGAGGGUUUUUCCAAUGUUAAAUCUGAAAGAUGAGGUUCAUUUUCUUCCUUGCUGUUUGGGGCUGGGGGGUGAGGGGAGAAGUGGAUGUACCUGUGUGUGGAGAGCAGGGAGCAAUUUGUGAAUUGGCCACAGUCCCAGCUUGGGACAGGCGUGUCAGUCAGAUGUGCUGCCUUUCUUUCGGCAUAUGGGAGCCACAGGCUUUGCCACGGGCUUGGCGUGCUUGCCUUCACCCUGCUGCGAGGGGCAAAUCCUCCUCUAGGCCACUCACAGAACAAAAGUUGAAGCCUGAUAACCCGAGGGAUGCCCACCCAUCUCCCAGCCUCCUUGUGUAACUUGUCACAACUGGCAAUCUGUUAGGUGAGAGCUUGAGCUGGGCCUGGGCUGGACUCAUAGACAGACUCUGAGUGGGAUGCUCUGGUUAGUGGUCUCUCUCUGCUCUCCCCUCCUUAUACUUCCUUUCCCUCUAUGUCCACCAGGAAAGGCCAGUGCACUACAUCCAGCUUUGCUGCUAACCCACUGUGCUUCAUGGCAAAUACACAACCUGACCUUUUUAGGAUUGAGUUGAGCUUUUUCUUGGCCAGCUUCAUACUUUUUUUUUCUCUUCCCAAAAUGCAUAUUGUAGAAUUGACAGUAGCAAACUUCUGUACUUUAUAGCAUAGCUUUAUUUUGGGUUUUUUCCCCUUUUGUAGCUGUUCUAAAAUUUCCUUGGUUUAAAGAGAGACCUAUGUUGCUUAGAUGUCACAAGUUAUUUCCUUUGACUGUCAAUUGCUUCUCCAUUUUUAAAAAGAAAUGAUAUAUAUUGUUUGGUUCACUCAGGAAACGCAUGUGUCAGGAAACCUGUAUUAUAAGUUCAGUUAGCUGUCAUGUACAAGUAACUGCUGUUACUCCCUUUCCUUAGAAAUAUAACUGAUUUUGACAUUUUCCCAGAUUAUAUGCAUUAAGUAAUGAAACUUUAUGCAGCAAGAAAUCCCUGUAUUGUAGUUGUUCUAAUCAUUUUAUUCCAACUAUAGUAUACUGUAGUUUAAUUUUUAUUUGCAAAUUAAUUUAUUCAACCUACGUGAGUAAACACUUUUCAAAAAUAGAAAUGCUGGGAUUGUCUGUUGUUUUUGCUCCAAGAAAUGGGAAAGGUAGCCCUUCUGCUGCCAUGGAAGGUGUCUGUUCUGCACAUCUCGAUUAAGAUGACAACAAAAGAAGCCAACCAUAAAAAGUUUACGUGUUCUCUUGGUCCUGGGUUUGAAGGGUUCCUUUCAGACGUGACCUCUCAGUGUGUGUUAUGUUUCACCCUAGGUGAACAAAGGUGAGAUUGUUGUUCAGAAGACAUAGUUAAAUAAUCUCUUCACAGAGUAAGUUGCAAGUAAUGAAGUGUAAGCAGAAACUUUCAACUAAAUGGCCGGGCUCUUGUAAAAUGUCAAGAGCUCUUGAUUCCGUCUGCCACAAAAUGGAAUUGAUGCUUCUUUGCUUGUCCUGAUCUUGUUGACUGCAGGGAUAUGAAAAAUCAGAAAGGGACGUGAUGAAAGCUACAAGGCAGUAUGAGUAAUAUAAAGAUGAACUGUGUAAACAGACUGAGGACUGGAAGGCAGCAGACAUAUGGAAAGUGGCGUGCGUGCCCCACGUUGGAGGCAUGGCUGGAUGCUGGUGUGAAGCCACUAGUGCAGUUGAGUACAUGCACAUCUGACUGGAGAGGGUAAGAGGACAGAUUUGUGCCCAACACAACCAUCAUAGAGACCCUACUCCAUUAAGAUGGUACUUGAGGCUUUCAUUGUACUUCCCUACCCCUGCCCCACCCGCAAAUAAAAAUGAAACACAACAGAAGUCUUAGCAUGACUGGCUGUUUCUCUGGGUAGCAUUGUGCUUGUAUAACCCUUCAGAGUCUGACACACACUCUCUGCCUUUGUGUAUUCUCUUGACCCAUGCUGGGCUUAAUCCCAUUUUUAAAAGUGCAGAACAUGGGUAUUGAAACUCCUGAGACACACAAAGCCCACAUCCAAAGCAGGAUAUAGCAGCUGUUGAGUAGCUUGAGGAACAAUUUCCAUACCAUGUGUGAGCUAACUGAAAGCAGUUUUGACUUCAGGUCCCUAUUU